AAGUGACAUUACUCUGUACUGACAGACUGGUCAGUGGUAGCCAAUAAUUGUUCGCAAGCUACUGACGUCAUAGAUGAGUGCCAUCUAGGGAAAGAAACACUUCACGCGCAGUGAAUUUAUUCCAUCACAGGAUAAUAACGCUUUCUUAACAUGAGACAUGAGGCCUAUGUUAUCUCUAUUUCAAUAUUUAGAUAUCAAUUGGUUUGCGAAGAAAAUUAAAGUUCAAGCUUAAUUUUAUAAAUAUGUUCUGAAAUUAAAGGAUUUACAGUUUACGAAUCAACACACCACCAGAAGAUCUUUUUUCUUCAAAUAUUAAAAUGCCUCUACUCAUCAUUGGCUGAUUCAAUUACAAAGAAGCAAUAAGAAACAAAUUUGAAAACAAAACCUUUUGGCAGCAACCAAUGGGAUGUGAGGUCAGCACGUCACAUGGGGUGGUCCAGGUGGUCCAAGAAGACGAAGAAGACACUGGAGAGUUCUCCGACACAUUGAUAGACACCAUUAGAAGCACCUGGCCACUACUGUCCCGUGAUUACGUCACUGUUGGGCUGGAAGUCUUCAAGAGAAUAUUUAAUGAGAUCCCUACAGUGCGCGUUCUGUUCGAUUCUUUUGGAAUUGACCAAGCGGAAACUUUAGAGCGUCAUCAAAUUUUCAGAGAGCAUGUGCAGAAGUUUAUGCACGUGCUAGAAAGUCUCGUGGAGAAUCUAGAGCGACCGGAAAUGAUACAACCACACCUAAUCGCACUGGGAGCUCGUCAUGCCGCCAUUGUAGGCUUUCACCCAGAGUACUUCCGGUUCUACAGCAAGUGCCUGCUUGAAGUCUGGGAGGCGGAGCUUGGGGAGGAAUUUAUCCCGGAAGUGAGAGAAUGCUGGGAGAAAGUAAUAGAAUACAUUGUCCGGAGUAUGUCUCAUGGCUAUCACAUAUGUAUCACACAUCAGCUGGAACAUUUUGUUAAGGAAACACAGAUUGGUAAAUUGGUCUAGCUUGACAUAUAGGAUGCCAUUAUUUAUCACACAAGUAGGACCCGCUAUAGUGUUAUACAUCGUAGUCAUCACUUGACUAUAUGCAGGCUUACCAAAAUGGUAAUGGGCGGAUAACUCUAACCUAGUAUUUUAUGAAGUACUGUAAAUGCCGUAUAAUACGAUCAGAUUGCCAAGUUGACUUGAUCACUUAGUGAUAUGCCCCGAUCGUACAUUCUGUUGUUUAGGCCUGAUCAAAAUGGCUGCACACAGAUUAAAUUAAGGAAAAUAAAUAUAUUCCUUUUAUAUUGACUAAAACAUGAAAAAAACUUUUUUUAAAAAUACUUUUAAAAAACAACAUUUGUUCGAAGUAUUAUUGCCUCAAUUAGUUCGGAUCAGUUUGUAAAAUGUUUGUUUGUAAAAUGUUUUACAUGUUUCGGAUGUUCCUUCAGAGUUGAAGAUAGUUUACUUCCUAGUCCAAAACUCCCGCAGGACGACGGGGGAUGGGAGCGGGCAGGGUUUGAACCCGGGACCAUCGAUAUGUCUAAACGACAGUCCAGCGCGCAAACCACACGACCUGGCAGUCAUGUAAUAAAUUUGUAAUAGGUCUAGACCAACAAAAAUAAGUCUGUGCGAUUAAUAUGAUUAUUACCAAUAGUUUCUGUUGAGCGCUAUUUCAUGCUUUUAGCUUUCUCAAUUUGCUAUGAUCCUAUCACUUGUCUGGACCCCAUUGGGGGGAGGGGAGAAAGGGGUAUCUCAGUAUCUGGGUGCACUCUGACCUCUCUGCUAGUGAGGUACUUGUGACUAAAAUAAGAUUGUAUAGUUAUAUAUUAUUUGUCUCAAUUUAGAGCGGCGACUUAUAAAGGGGACUAAUUCAGCUUAUACCAACAUUUCAGUCAAGUACAAUUUCUUUCCCUUGUUCGAGAUACCUAACAAAAUAAUUACCAAUAGUUAAGUAACUAAUUGGCUAAUUUUUAUCUUAUUGAUUAUUGUGUUGUCAGGUAAAAGAAAUAAUUGUGCAAAAUUUCAGCUUGGGUGUGGGAGAAAUAACGUGUACAAACUUUUGACCAGACAGACAGACGGACAGAGUGAGUGAAUAUAAGCUUUGUUAUAAAUGUUUCAUUAACCAGACUUACAAUGUGACCAUGAUUUUUUUGUGUUUUUUCGGUGUCCUCACAUCCAAAUGAUAUUGUUAUAAACCUGGUGGUCCUAUAGAAGAGCGAGUGUGUUAGAGUCAAGACACUUCACGUUACUUCGCAAUGUGACCAGUAGCAGUCGAAGUCAGAACCAGCACGGUGUAUAUGAAGUCAGUCCGGAGCAAGGCUAGGCUCUUGUACAGUCAGUGUUAAUGUUGUUGCCAAUUGUGAUGUUUUUUUUAAAUUAAACUGUUACUGUUACUUUGGAG